UCCUUAUGUAAACGGAAUGUAAAACUAUCGAUAAUUUUCAAUCAAAGUACAUAAAUCUAAACAGUGAAUUUGAUAAUCCAUCAAUACAAAUAAACGUUCAAGCAAACAUGCAAAUAAAGAAAUACAUAAAUAUCGGCACUAAUACUUUGGGCCGUACGAGUUCAAAGUGGUUAAUCGUACAAAUCAGAUCUCUCGCAAUUAACGUAAUGAAUUCUCCGAAAAUGCCUGUUUGCGAAUACGUACCAUCUACAUAUAUGGGUACAAGUUAUGAAGAUUUAAAAAGAGUCUAUGAAUCGGUCGUGUCUCCAUCAUUGAAACCAUUUUAUAAACAACCGUUAAUAAUACACGAAGGUCGGGGACAAUGGUUGUGGGACCAUCAUGGAAAACGAUAUUUAGAUAUGUUUGGAGGCGUUGCUACCGUAUCCGUCGGACAUUCUCAUCCUAAAAUAGUAGCUGCUAUGACCGAACAAGCAUCAAAGUUAAACCACGUGUCUUCCGUCUAUAUGCAACCCCGCUUACACGAAUACGCGAAUAAAUUAAUCAGCAAAUUUUCGGGCAAAUUGAAGGUAGUCUACUUGACGAACAGUGGCUCGGAGGCAAACGAGCUAGCAUUCUUAAUGGCUAGACUUUACACGCGUAGUCACAACAUUAUUUCGUUAAAAAACAGUUAUCACGGGGCAACGUAUGGGACUUCAGCGUCCACGUCGAUGGGUACCUGGAGGUACCCUUCUAUUGCACAACCACCUGGAUAUGUACACACCGUGUAUCCGGACGUAUACAGAGGCGUGUGGGGUGGUUCGAAAUGUAGAGAUUCACCCGUGCAAAUGAUUGAAAGAAAUUGCGAUUGCAACGAAGGACAAUGCGUAGCGUCGGAAAAAUAUUUUCGUGAAUUUGAGGAAACAUUUCGCUUUAAUUUGCCUUGCACGCAGAGUGUAGCAGGAUUUGUUGCCGAGAGCAUUCAGGGAGUGGGUGGAGCAGUACAGUAUCCAAAAUAUUUUCUUAAAAAGGUAUAUGACUACGUUCGCAACAAGGGUGGUGUCUGCAUAGCAGACGAGGUUCAGACUGGUUUUGGCAGAACCGGUGACCACUUUUGGGGAUUUGAGAAUCAUGGCGUAGUACCCGAUAUAGUAACCAUGGCAAAAGGCAUAGGUAAUGGAUUUCCUCUUGGCGCAGUUGUUACUACUGCAGAAAUCGCGAAUAGCCUAAACAGCGCAUUGCACUUUAACACGUUCGGAGGAAAUCCACUUGCGUGCGCCGUGGGAAUAGCAGUUUUAAAAAUUAUAGAAGAGGAGGGUCUUCAAGAAAAUGCACGCGUGGUCGGUACUUAUCUAAUCGAGCGUUUAAGUAUUUUGUUAUCGGAAUUUCCCGAAAUUGUGGGCGACGUCAGAGGGAAAGGGCUGAUGAUCGGAGUUGAAUUAAUUUCAAACGCCAAGACGAAACAACCAUUAGAACAUGAACGAAUGGUCGAAAUUUUCGAAGAUAUUAAAAAUAUGGGCGUUCUUAUUGGCAAGGGAGGGUUGUGCGCGAAUGUAUUGAGAAUAAAGCCACCUUUGUGUAUUACCAAGGAGGAUGCAGAUUUUACUUUCGAAAUUAUUAAAAGGGCAUUGAAGAAACACCAAGAAAAUUAAUUAUUGUAGAUAAGUAUGAGAAUAUUUGAAUUGCGAUGUAUGAAUACAAUCCCUUUUAUUUGGUACAGUCGAUAAUGACAUAAUUUAUAUUACAAUUUGUACAAUGCAGUUUCUUUCCUUAUACCGUCAUUACGUUUAAAUUUAGCAUGCAAACUGUGUUACUACUGUAGAUAUACAGAACUAAUCGUUUAUAAUGUCUGUAGACAUUGCAGAUCGCCAACUAUACGCAAACUUGUUUUUCUGUUUGUUCUUUCUAGAAUAUUUUCUGUUUCAUUCAUGAAACGGGGUUUUGAAGGUUUCAGCAUGAGAAACCAAAUUCAAGAAUAUAAUACAACUUAAAUAUGAACAUUAUAGAUUGAGAAAUAUUAUGCUGUUAUAAUAACAAACUAACAUGAAACUUUCAUUAUAAUUUCAUUCGUUUCAUAGUUUCAGUCUUCCUAAUCAAAUGUGUAACAAGUUUACUUCAUUUCUGCGGUAAAACGUGUUUAUCUAUUACUUAAAUGUUUCCUGUUCGCACAAAUGCAAUUAAUGAACGUGCAAUCGGACCUCGAUAACUCGGUCUUUGUUCAUUUCUCACCGUAAAACCUCGAUAAUUAAAAAAAUAAAUAAGUUAACUUGAAAUUGUGCAGCACACAUUUGAUCUUUACAACUCGAAUUUAUAUUACAUUUAUAUAACAUUUUUCAUUAUCCUUCAACUUUGAAAUACCGAGAUCCGAUUGUACAUGUUUUAUAAGCAUACACGUAUGUAUAAUUUCUAUAUGCUAUAUUUUUAAUUAUGUAUUGCAAGCUAAAAUACUCUCUAUAAUCAUACAUAUACAAAGCAAGGUAUUUGAUUUUGCUUCUUUUAGAUUAACAUAUCUACCUUAAUUUAAACUCAGAAGUUUGCUUGUAAUGUUAAAGAACCUUCAUGUUUUGUAUACUUAAUUCAUAUUACAAAUCUUGUUCCUCAAGUCUUCAUUAAAUUAUGUGACGUAUUUUGAAGUGUUUUCGAAACUCAACUUCUUGGAAGACUUGUUUAUAAAUGCAUUAUACAAAGGAAAUGCAAAAAAAAAUAUACAAAGCUAAUAAUAAAUAACAAUAAAUCGUAAACAAUACAUAUUAGGAAAUAUAAAUGCAAUAAAAUCUGUUUAAUCAAACGAAGACGUAACAAUGAUUUUUUUAAUACUUGGAAAUAAGAUUUGGCACAAAACAUACAACCUAUUGUUUUAGAAAAAUGUGCUCUAUCUG